AUGAUCAGUGAGAGAUACAAUUUUAUAUUGAUAAGCAUACUAGUGAUAAUUAAUAACACAUAUGGUUAUCCAGUAUCUGAGGAACAAAAAGAAGGAAUUGUAGGAAAUAUAACCUUUUUCAUAUUAUCUGAUAAUAUUACAUCACAAGACCAACUUAGAGAAAUGGUGAUCCCGUUUAAUAUUACACAGGAAGAUCGUGUUCCUCUAAUAGUAGGGGGAAAUCCAAAUUUGGCCAGCCUCCCAUGUAAGCCACCUUUGGUUUUAGAUUUUGACAGAAAAUGCAGAAAACUCGAUGAAGAUUAAUUUUGUUUUCUUAUAAUAUUUUAACGAUAGUUUAUUUUUAUAAAUUUUUAUUAUAACUUUUGUAGAAUUUCGGUCAUUCUUGGUUAAAAAUUUGCUACUGGUUUAUAUUGGGUGGAUCUCAAAAGUGGCUCACCCCUAUAACUUUUUUAUUGUUUCAGAUAAAAAAAACGAGAUUUGGUAUGUUAGCAA